AUGUUUAUCCAUUCAUCUCUCCUAUUCCUCCUGUCCGUCCUAUCGGUAACCACACUCGCUCAUCCCAGCUCGUCGCCACAGAUCACACCAACCCCAAUAACAUCGCAAACGCUCGCCCAUCGUACCGAGUCAAACACCGCCGUGACUGUUUCCACCAAGCCGAUCGCAUAUCCUUCCUUCUGCUGUGCUUAUAAUAGUCUGAAAAGUCCCGAUUCCGCCACCGUGACAAACUACACUCUCAACUUUCCUGGUUUUGGAAACACAGACGCUUCCGCUGCCCAUACCGGCACAUAUCCGAAUUCAAAUGCUCUUUGUGCGCCUGGACUUGAUGAUGCUAUCAACGCAGCAUUCAAAAACGAGGCUGAUUACACAAUGACGAUUACAUGUUUACCGAGUUAUGGGGGGAAAAACGAUACAUAUGUUUACCUAACCAUGGUUGUUCCCACUCAGGAUCAGGGAAUGCCUCUCUUAGAAGUUGUGAGAAAUUGGGCACCAAGUUGGGCAUCCCCAAAAUGGGACGAUCUUCGAACUCUCGUUCCGGCUGACGCAACUUGUGCGGAAAGUGCUUCUUUAUGCCAACCACAACAGAUGCCACUGGGAUAUUGCUCAUCGAAUUGUUAG